AUGGCUGGCACGGGAGGAUCCCAGUUUCUCUUGUGUGUUCUACUGAGUUUUUUGGAAGGAGCGAGCGGGCAAAUCCGUUACUCUAUUCCCGAGGAGUUGAAGCACGGGGCUUUUGUUGGGAAUAUCGCGGAUGAUCUGGGCUUGAAUGUGGUUGAGCUGUCGGCGCGGAGGUUCCGGAUAGUGUCCGGGGCCCCGAAACGGUACCUGGAGGUGAAUUUGGAGAACGGGGUCCUGUUCGUUAAUGAGAAAGUGGACAGGGAGCAACUGUGCGGACUGCGAGAAUCGUGCUUCCUGAACCUGGAGAUUGUGAUUGAGAACCCCCUGGAGCUGUACCAGGCGGAGAUCGAGAUACUGGAUGUGAACGAUAACGCUCCCAGUUUCCCGAACGCCCAGCUCCGGUUGGAAAUCACCGAAUCGGCGGCGCCGGGAGCUCGCUUCCCGCUGGAGAGCGCCCACGAUCCGGACGUGGGAACCAAUUCCCUCCGCAGUUACCGGCUCAGCCCGAACGAGCACUUCGUCCUGGAGGUACAAAGCCGGAGUGAGCGCCGCCAAUCCGCCGAGUUAGUGCUGGACCGUCCCUUAGACCGGGAGACCGAGUCCGUUCACCGGCUGGUUCUGACCGCGGUGGAUGGAGGCUCCCCGAAGAAAUCCGGGAGCGUGCUCAUCACGGUGCGGGUCAUGGACGCUAACGAUAACCCCCCGGUGUUCCCGCAGCCGGUGUACACCGUGAGACUGGCGGAGAACGUUCCCGCCGGGACCCUGCUCCUCCGGCUGAACGCUACCGAUCCGGAUGAGGGCUCCAAUGGCCGAAUAGUCUACUCGUUCGGGCAGCACGCAGCCAGGACGGUACGGGAGCUGUUCUCGCUGGAUGCGCAGACCGGCCAACUCCGGGUCCGCGCUCCGUUAGACUACGAGGACUGCCCGGUCCAUGAGAUCUUCGUCCAAGCCAAAGACCUGGGAGCGAAUUCGGUUGCCGCCCAUUGCCACGUUCUGCUGGAGCUACUGGACGUUAACGACAACCCACCGGAGAUCUCUCUCACCUCGGUGUCCAGCCCGGUGUCCGAGGACGCGUCUCCGGGAACAGUCAUCGCCCUGAUCAGCGUUACCGACCGGGACAGCGGCGUUAACGGCCGGGUCAGUUGCUGCCUAAGCGGUACCGGGGCUGGUACCGGUGAGCUCCCGUUCAAGCUGCUGCCUUCUUUCCGCCACUAUUACACCCUGGUCACCGAGCACCGGCUGGAUCGGGAGACUGUACCGGAGUACAACGUGACGGUGGAGGCGAGCGACGGCGGAUCCCCGCGGCUGUCCAGUAACCAGACCGUCACCGUCCGGGUUUCCGACGUCAAUGACAACCCUCCCCGGUUCAGCCGGUCCUCAUACACGGUGCGAGUCCCGGAGAAUAACGCCCCGGGCGCCUCGAUCUGCUCGGUCAGCGCCGAAGACCCCGACCUGAACCAGAACUCGUACGUCUCCUACUCGAUCGUGAAUGAGCCGCUCCGCGGGAUGCCCAUCUCCACGUACGUGUCGGUAAACUCGGAUACUGGGAGGCUGUACGCCCUCCGCUCCUUCGACUACGAGCAGCUCCGAGGCUUCCGAGUGCAAAUUCAGGCGCAGGACGCCGGCUUUACGCCACUUAGCAGCAACACCACCGUGCACGUCCUCAUAGUGGACCGGAACGAUAACGGCCCGGUAAUUGUAUCGCCGCUGGCGCGGGACGGCUCGGUGGCGGCGGAGACGGUGCCUCGCUCGGCCGGGCCGGGCUGGCUGGCGGUCAAGGUGACCGCGGUAGACGCGGACGAGGGGCCGAACGGCCACCUCUCGUACCGCCUGUUGCAGGCUACCAACCGGGAACUAUUCCACCUGGAGCGGCAGACCGGAGAGAUCCGCCUAGCCCGCCGCUUCGGUGCUGAAGACCCUUCCCAGCAAACUCUCAUCGUCCAGGCCAAAGACAACGGGCUGCCCCCUCUCUCCGCCACCGUCACUAUCCUGUUAACGGCGGUGGACGCUCCGUUACCGGAUCCCCGGUCUGAUUCUACCGGAGAGCCAGAGCUCAGCGCCGACCUUACCCUCUACCUGAUCGUGUCCCUGGGCUCGGUCUCCUUCUUGUUCCUGGUCGCUAUCCUGGUACUGGCUCUGCUCCGGUGCCAACGGUACACCGUGUCCGGUCGAGGGCUUUGCCCCGCCGCCGCUUGCUGCCUCCCCCGGAGAAGACGAUCCGCCAAGCCCGAGGCGCGCCGCCAGAUGCCGGUGGCCGGUGCCGAGGUGACCGCCGGCCGCCUUCCUUCGCAGAUUUACAGUUACACCGAGCGCCGGAGCCCGGGAUCGGCCAGUAGCGACUUCAUGUUCCUGAGAGCCGGCGGCGGGCAGGCAGGCGGUGGGCCGAAUGGUCUGCUGAUCGGCGUGGGGGCCGAAGAACCAAAUGAGGUUAAACAACAAAACAUUGAGUACCAUAACCCGCCAUUGCAGAGAUAUACAGGCAGCAGCUCAUGGGACCCGGAGGAGACGGGAGACCGAUACGAUGGGGAGAUGGAAUCAGGCAAAGUGCCGUUAGCAGUCACAACACCAACCGAAACCAGUCGGCUAGCCCCAUCGCCAGGAGUUGAUGAUCACGGAUGGAUACCAAGGUAUGGACCUCAGUACCCUUACCCUGACCAGCCCACUGGAUACAAGCUGAAUGUCUACAUACCUGGCAGUGCCCCAGUGAAGCUGAGUAAACUCCAGUCUUUCACAGCUGGUGACAUGGACAAGAACAACACUUUCUCAACCUUUGGGAAAAAAACAAAACUGAUUUCAUCACGUGGUGUUGAGCCGGAUAGAACUUUGACUUAA